AUGGUUUAUCGAAUUGUUAUACUUGUAUCAAUUUUAUUAACACUUAGUGUACCUUGUACAAUAUUUGUUUUUAUGGGAUUUUUUACUUUACCACCAAAAUAUGAUUUUCGUAUUGCUUAUGCAUUUGUUGAAAUAUCAUUAGUAUUUGUUAUGAUUGCUUUAUGUGAAUUUACUGAACCAGUUCGAACAUCAAUAUUGAAAAGAAUAAAUCGACGACCGAAUGCAAUCGUAGCAACAAUGACAUGA